UUUCCCCGUUGGAGAUGUGUCCUGUUUUUAAGUAGGUGUCAGUUAGAGACGGUUUGUGUUUUCAUACUUUAUCACGUGGAUGUCAUCAUAUAAGAUUUAAGUUUAGUUUUAACUAACAUGAUGGUUAUAUUGAAAAAAAGAAGAAGAAAAUCUUCCCAUUAUAUUUUUAAUACAGAAGCAUUUGGUUAUUGGUUCACGCAUUGUUGACAGCUGUCAGAUUUUUCCCUGAAUCUACUACCUAUGGAUUCAUUUGUUGGCCUCUUUGGUCCAGAUUCCCUGGAAGAGACCAAUUCAUCUAGCUUCUGUAAAAUUCCCGAAUUUUUACCUCCAGAAGCUGCUGAAGGCAAUGUGGAAUAUAAGCUUAAACUUGUGAAUCCUUCUAAAAGUCGAUUUGAACAUUUGGUUACUCAAAUGAAAUGGAGAUUAAGAGAAGGUCAGGGGGAAGCUAUUUAUACUAUUGGAGUAUCUGAUGCGGGGAAGUUAAUUGGGCUAGAUGAAGAAGAAAUGCAAGAGUCACUCAAUACUUUAUAUCGAAUGGCUGAGAAACUUGGAGCUGAUAUAACCAGCUUAGGAGAACGAUAUAUUGAUGAUAAUUUAAAGCGAGUGAAAAAAACUGUGGCAGAGUUUUUAGUUAGAAAGGUUCCUGAUGAUCAGCAGUCGAUUGAACUUAGAGUAGCUGUUCUGGGUGGCUCUGAUGUUGGAAAGAGUACAUUACUAGGAGUGCUUACUCAAGGAGAAAAAGAUAAUGGCCAUGGAAGUGCUAGACUAAAUCUAUUUCGCCACUUACACGAAAUACAAAGUGGAAGAACAAGUAGCAUAAGCCAUGAAAUACUUGGAUUUGAUUCUCAGGGCAGUGCCAUGACUUACAGUACUUGUAGAACUGCUGAAGAAAUUUGUGAUAAUUCAAAGAAAUUGAUUACAUUUAUAGACUUAGCUGGACAUAAAAAGUAUUUAAAAACAACAGUAUUUGGAUUGACAGGCCACUCUCCACAUUUUGCUGUGCUUGUCAUAAGUGCUGUUAGUGGGCUUUCUGGAAUAACCAAGGAGCAUCUUGGGCUUGCUACAGUUGUUGAUAUUCCUAUUGUUGUUGUUAUAAAUAAGAUUGAUAUAGCUACUCCAGCAUGUUUGAAAAGAACUCUGCAGCAACUAGAAGAAUUACUUCAAACACCUGGAUAUAAAAAGCUUUCCUUUCAAGUUUUCACUGAGGAAGAUGCUUUGGCUGCUGCAAGUUCAUUUGCUUCUGACAAAAUUAUUCCAAUUUUCUCAGUUUCUUGUGUCACUGGAAAAGGUCUUGAUUUAUUAUAUACAUUUUUAAAUAUAUUGCCUCCAACGAUUAAUCAAAAAGACAGAGAACUUCUCAUGCAGAAACCUGCUGAAUUUCAGAUUGAUGAAACUUUUCAUGUCCCUGAUGUUGGUUUAGUUGUUUCGGGAUUGCUGACCAGUGGAAUUAUUCAUGAAGGUGAUAAAUUACUUGUGGGUCCAUCUGAUAGUGGACAUUUUAAUAUCACAAAAGUAUUAUCAUUACAUAGGCACAAAGUUCCAAGUCGAAUUGUCAGAGCUUGUGAAAGUGCCACUUUAGCGCUCUCUAGUCAAGACAUCCCCCUUCGGAAAGGUAUGGUUCUUAUCAGUCAACAGGUCAGACCUCCUGUUUGUUAUUAUUUUCAAGCUAAGAUUCAAAUUUUGUUCCAUACGACGAAUAUUUGUUCUGGAUUUCAAGCUUCUGUACAUAUUGGAAAUGUUCGACAGACAGCAACAAUUCUGGGUAUUAUGGGUAGAUCUAGUCUUUCUGUAAAUGAUACGGCAUCUGUUAUUUUUAAAUUUAUUCAGCGCCCUGAAUGCGUUCAUCCAGGCUCUAAACUUCUUUUACGUGUUGGACAGACUAAAGCCAUUGGUCGUGUUACACAGGUCUUUCUCUUAGGUGAUAAUUUACCUUUAAAAGUAUCACCUAUCCACCAGUGAUAAAGUGCGCUUUUACUAUUUUUUAACAAUUUCAGUGUUUGCACGUUUCCGAAGAUCUUAAAAUUGUUAUUCGGUUUAUUUAAGUAGACUUUUUAUGAUGAGAAAAAUCUAUUGAAAAAUCCUACUGUUGAUAAUAUCCAUGUAUUUGCAUGAUGAAUUCUUCAAUAUUGUGUAUUAUCUAUUUUUUUUAUAAGAAAUAUCCUUAUUUAGCAAUUUGUUGUUACAAUAUUUUUGGAAAUUUAUUUGGGCAUUUUUGAUCCAUUCAUGUGGACACUAUUGCAAUUUAAGCCUACAUUGUUACGUUUUUUUUUUUUUUUCCCCAGUUAUAAUUUUUUUUAUUUGAUAUUUUUUUUUAAGUACCACCUAUUCACCAAUCAUAAAAAUGUAGUUUUAUUAUUUUUAACCCUUUCAAUGUUCAUAUGCUUCCAACUUAAAAAUAAGCAUUCAGUUUUUAAGAAAGUGUAGCUUUUGAUCUAUUCUAUUGAAAAAUAGUUGAUACCCAAGUGUUUGAUAAUGCAUUUUUCAAAUUUUUCUGAAAAAUAUGCUUUUUAAUGGUAAGAAAUAUCACCAGUUAAUCAAUAAGUUGUUCUUAUAAGCUUUCUGUAAGUUUUUGUGUAUUUUUUAACAUUCAUGUUGACAUAUUGUAAAUUAAGUGUAUAUUGUUAAUUUUUUUUAACUCCUCUGUUCAUUUUUCUGUUAUAAUCAUUUAAAAAUUGAUAGCUUAAAACUAUAUGAUUCUUCAUAUAUAAUACAUAAAAAUUAAUUUUUGUUUGUUCAUAUUUUAUGCGCUGUCGUACCUUUCAUCCAUUGCGAUAAAACUUUGCUAAUGUAUUGCUUGCACUUGCAUGAAGAUUAUAGGCAUAAUAUAAUUUUUAUAUUUUAUCUGAUAUAUAAAAAUGAAUUUUUGUUUGCUCCUAUUUUAUGCUCUGCCGUGCUGUUCAUCCGAUUGCGAUAAAACUUUGGCAACUUAUUGCUUGCACUUGCGCGAAGGUUAUAGGCAUAAUACAGUUAUAUCUCAGGAUCAAAAUGCAGCAACAAUCGAAAGACAGAGUUUAUGUACUAACCGAUCAUGCGCGUCAGAAUCAGAAGAUCAAUAUGCGGCAAUAAUCGAGGCGACUGUUCUUAACGGAAAGUGCAAUGGAGAAUAUGUGCUAAUCCCACUCAUUCCCAUUGGUCCCUUCGACAUGCCUUUCGAUUUCAAACGAUUGCAGUUUCCUUAUCGAUUUGCAUUCUUGAUGACCAGCAACAAAUUGUAAACACUUUUAAGUGUGCUGGUUGAACCUCGAAAAUUCGUGUUUUUCCUAUGGCCAAUUCUAUGUUGGAUGCUCACGAGUCGGAGAGCCAAGAAAUUUGUUUUUUGCUGAAAACGGGUUAUUGUCUACCCUAAAGCAUUUGAAUAAUAUAUAAUUUAUACUUCUUAAUUAUAUAUCAUUUUUCCUAUCAUUCCUAAUUAAACAAGAUAGCUAUUUCAAACAAUAUUUUCAAAAUUAUUUCUCCUGUGGCAGCAAUGCGCCGGGUAUCAGCUAGUAAAAUUUAAAAUGUUUUUAAACCGGUUUUUGUCAUUAGUUUGUCAUUUCAUCCCCAUAAAUUUUUUUUUCAGCACAUAAUUCUUAAAACUACUGUGCUGUUUGCGUUGUGUUGCACUGAAUUGUCUAAAUAUUCUAAAGAAACUCAUCUUUCCUGCUUUCAUCAACAAUAUUAACAAAAAAAAAAAAAUUCAUAACUGUGAAAUCUUUGGAAUUUUCUGUGAGAUUUCUCCCUUUUUAGAAGUAGUAAAAUCCUGAAAAAUAUUUUAGAUUUCAAAUGCCAUACAUUCAUUUUUGUCCAGAAUAGUGAUUGUCAACAUCGAUAUAUUUCGAGUGAAAUGCAUUUGUUAUGUGCCAUGGGGUAUGUAACAUAAUAUCAUCAUGUACUUUUUGUAUGUACAUGAUUUUAGUGGAAAAUUUAUCAAUUCCUCUUAAAGGAUAACAUUGAUUUUACAGUUGCUAAAUAUUUUAUUGUGACCUCACUUUUCCAUACAGAUAUAUGAAUUCAUGUGCUUGGGCUUUAUAGCUAAAAACAUGACUAAAAAUAUUGGAAAACGGUAAUUUUAUCAUUCUUAUGCCUCAUUUUUUUUUUUUUUUUGUGUGUGUGUGUGUGUGUGUGUGUGUGUGUGUGUGUGUGUGUGUGUGUGUGUGUAUUGAAGUAAUGGAGACAUUUUUUAAAAACAUGCCAGUAAUUAGGUUCGUUAAAACAUGUAUAGUAAAAAUGAAUGUAUUAGUUUUAUCUUAUUAAAUCACUGUGACAUUUUAGGCUUGAAGGGGUCGGGAGGUAAUUAAGUUUAUGGAAUAUUUCUGUUUAACAUUUAGCUUAACUCAAAGGCUUUGCGCCUAUUAGAUUCUCCCUUGUACUUAUCAAACUAAAAUUAUAUAUUGGCUUUGGUUGUAUAUAUUGAGAAAUUUUUGUAUUACUAUUAAACAAAGAUUUUAUUUUAAAAUUUCCUCCUUAAAUCUAUAAAAUGCUAUUACUGGUGUGAAAAAAAAAGUCGUGUCAUAUUUUUAAUGUCAUACAUUACAAAUAUGGUACUUCUUAAGAUUUGUGUCAAGUUUUUAGGUGUCUCCAAAAUAAAAUCUAAAUUAGUAACACCUUUUUUCAUGUAAUUCUGUUGUAGUUUUGCUGUUGUUGGAAAAGGAUAACAUAAUAUCUUAAGAUGUCAGAAACUAUUAAAAUUCUUUUUUUUAUUUUGAGUUUUUAGUUUCUAAAAAUUUAAUUUGAAACUGUUGGUUUGAUGAUUUAAAUGUUGAUGUUUUGAAAAAUGUUAUAUUGUAUUCACUUAUAGACAUGCAAGGAUAACAACUUUUUAAUAAAUUGCGAUUUGGAGUAAGAUUUUUAAAUUCAAUUAAAGUAAUCCAAAGGUUAAAAAAUAGAUAUUUGCCGUGCGAUUUUUUUCUGACUUAAAGCAAUAGAUAUAGCAUUUUUUUUUACCCCUAUUUUAUUCACAUUAGUUGCAUAUUUUACUCGGGUGUGUGACGAAGGGGGAAUGUCACAUCCCCUCAACAGGAGAUGCUUCUUUAUUAAUCUGAGGAUCCAUAUAAUAUUACAUAUUUUAUAUUACUGGUCUUCUAAAUGCAGCGGUCAAUCUUAUAGUUAGUGCCUCAUUUCCACUGAUUUCAAUAUUUAGGAAAUAGAAUUUUAUCAUUCUUAAUAUCUAUUAAUUUUCUUUUAUGUAAUAAUUUUAUAAUUGUAUUAUCUUAUCUCAAGCUCUUUUUAUAUACAUUUUGUUGUUCAAAUAAUUAUAGUUAUUUUACUUCUUGGUGUUUGUGUAGGACACAGUUCACUUUUUUAUGAAGUUCAGCUUUUUUCAAAUCUUACUUUUUGGUUCCAAGUCUGUAUCGUGUCUAAAUAUGUCAAGUUGAAAUCUAUACAACUAUUGAAAAUAAAACUGAACAUCAGCCAAUUUCGAUGAAACUUUUUUUAUUGUCCUUCUAUUUUUUUUAUCACAAGGCCAGUAAUGUUUAUUACCCGAUAGCACAAUAAUUGGUUUCACUAUCUGGGAUAUUGAUAACAUUUUAAAUAUUUAAUACUAUGUGUUCUAAUAAUUAUAGAAAUUAAUUUGCAAAAUCUGUUUUUAAUUGUAUUGAUUUUGGUAAUUAGUUCUAAAUUUUUCAUGCUCUCUGGAAGUGUUAUGCAUGAUUAUACUAUUGUAAAAACUUUGUCUACACUGAAUGUAUUGGAAUAAAAUGAAUAUAUAAAUAUGUAGAUAUGGUAUUAAUAGAAUAACAAAAAUGUUUUAAAUGGUUCAAUGAUCUUCAGCAUUAAAAACCUUCCAGAAAUUUUUUCAAUAUUUCCAUAAAAGAGAAACGAUUGUUCAAUUCAAUUAAUAAAAUCGAUUUUAGAAUCUCUUUUAGAAACUUCUUACGAAGAAUUAGAAUGUUUACUAGUUGCAUUACAAAUGCUUCUUGGUUCAAAUAAAAAAUGCAUGAAUUUUUCAAAUAUUUUAAAAUAACAUUCAACUUAUGAAAUGUUCCACUUCCAGCGUACAAAAUUGUUCAUCAAAUUCUGGCAUCACCUUUGUCUCUAGAAAUUUAUGAAAAAUUUAGUUAGUAAUUCAACUAUAUUUGGACAAAAAUUAGUGAACGUUUCGAUUAAUUAAUUUGCCCAUUUAUUUAAGACAUAAUAAUAACGUUGAAAUUCACGAUUUUUUUGAAGAAAUGCCCCUCUCCAUAAAGUUUAUUAAAUUUUGUUUAAUAAGUUUGAGGGCUUUUUGUUAUUGUUGUUGUUAAAUUCAAAGUAAUAAUUAUUAUCUGCCUCAAGAUUUCUAUUAUUUUUUAUGUUUGGAAAGCUAAUAUUAUGAAACUUAAUUCUUUGACAUUAUUAAACUCUCUUUAAUAAUGUAGUCGUGAAAUAUGGUUGGUGAAACUUCAUUUUAAUUUCCUUAAAAUUCUAUAUCAUUUUCAGAGAUUUUUAAUUUUUUUAAAUUUUUAUUAAGAUUAAAAUAUAAAUUUAUCCCAUCAAACUGAAAAAAAAAUAAAUCUGGUACACUUUUUGCUCUUAUAAAAAGUUCUUUAAUCUAUUCAUUCAGGUAAGGUUUCCUUUAUUUAUUUGUGCUUUAAUCUUGACUUCAUUAUGCAUGGGUACUCAUAUCAGAUGCAGUUUUUCCUCUUCAUACCUUCUUAACCGAAAUUUCUCCGAAUGGCAAAUAUUGUAUUGUGACAGUAUCGUAAGUUGCUUAUCUACCUAAUAAAAAAGGUGCAAUACAAAAAAUAUAUACUGCAAUACCACCUGAAUUUUAUAUUGUUUUGUACAAGAUGUCAUAAUAAAAAUUCCAAUUCCCUUUAAGAUGUAGCAUAUUAAAUUUUCUUCAGGAAGGUCUACUGCAAAUAGCAAUUGAAAGAAAUCGGUGCAAAAGAAAGUAAUAAACAACAAAAUUUAUUAAACGGCUUGUUUUUACAAAUGUAGUGUGUUUUUCUUGAUGUUCGGAUAACUGGUUGCUCUAAAUUGAGGAGUCAUUAAUAAUAAGAACUGAAAAUCUGAACUAAGAGCUUGAGUAAUGAAUAGUGUGUAAAUUUUAGCUAUGAGUAUGAAUUCAAAACUCCUUGUUGUUUUAUAGUGAUAUAUUUAUUUUAUUCAUAUCCAUUAAAGCACCAUUUUUAUGUCUUUUAAAAGAUGGCUAUAAAACGAGUUAAAAAUAAAAAAGACUUAUAAUCGGAAUUUUAAUAAGCUUGUUUCGAUUAUUACAGAUAUAAUACUGCUAAUGUAAAAUUAUUUAAAAGUAAUAAUUGUAACGUUUUUUAGCCAUUUAUAUGCCAGUGUUACAUUUAGGAAUGUUGAAGAUACUAUUAAAAAAAUUUUCGAAUGAUUUGGAAAAAUUAAACUUUUUUUUUAUUUGGAAGAUAGCUUGAAUUUUCGGUACAGAAAUCAUUGCCUAGUCAUAAAAUAGGGGCAAUGUAUACAAAAAUCUAUUUAUUUUACAUUUUAAAUUAUGUACCACAUAAAAAGUUCAUAAUUGUAAAUGAAUAAAAUAUUUUUUUAAAAAGAUCAGCUAAUAUUUAUAAUAUGGAAAUACUUUUUCUGCCCUAAAACGAGGUCCAUGUUCACAACUUCUCGCUGCCCAUUUCGGCUGAGCAUCGAUUGUACUGACAUAAUAAAGUCCAUUACAAGGAUCGUGUUUGGCGAAAAUUCUGAUUAAAACUUUUAAAACUCGCUGUGUAACGUGCGUGUUACAAUUGGCCUUGGCUUCCAUGCAAGUAAAAUAUUAUUUUAUGAGAUUUUUAUGCAUGCUAGUGGACGUUUAUUAUUUAAAAAAAACUAUUUGCCAUCGUCUGAUGUUCUGAUUAUAUUGAUGUAAUUAAUACGACAAUAUGAAUCAAGUUCAUUAAAUGUUUUUACUUGUGUUUUGACGAAGGAAAUUGGGAGUUUUUUUAAUUAGAGUUCAUUGCGUCUUUAAAAGACGGUGAAACAACUUUGGAUAGUGAAUUUCAUCAUUGUUUGAAUUAACGCCAAAUUACGUCUCUUAAUUUAUCAUUUAUGAAUAAUUCCGAAGUCUGUCACAGUUCGCGAACUCCUUGAAUGUGAUAUCUGGUUUCAGUCUUCUUCAACAGCAAAAACGACUUGAAACUUUGCGUAGUAUAAAUACGAAAUACUUAUUACUAGGAAGUCUACGAACGAAGCGAGACAAUGAUGAAUUGGCAUAUAAAUGACGCAAAAAGGGGUGCUUUACUGUAUAUUAUAUCUCCUAUGAAAUGUGUUUUCCAAAUUUUUAGUCUUGAGUGAUUUGUCUUUUUGUGUGUAUUUAUAAAAUUGUUUUUGUCUGUGUCAAGCUGUUUAUUUCUAAUUUAUGUCAAGUUUCUUAUGAAAAAUUGUAAAAAAAAAAAAAAAAAAAAAAAAAAAAAUGUUGAUUUAUUUUUUUAAAAAAUUGGUAUUAAAAUUAACAUUCUUGGGAGUAGAUAAAGGUAUUAAAAUAUCUUAUCUGAUUAAUGAAAAAUUAUAUUGAUUUAAAAAUUUAAAUGGUUGAAUUGUACUUAAGUAUGCCCAGAGUUUCUCGCCAAUAUGGUAACCCACUGAAACGAUCUUCUGGCAACCCUAAUGCUGCUUUGUUCACUGCUUCUUACGGUGGUUGAGUUGUAUAUGAACUACAGCUAUUUUAUGAUAAACGUUAAAUUAAAAAUAAUAAUAAAAAAUAUCGGUUAAAGAUUUUAAUUUAGUUCUGUAUUAUAAUUAAAAGUUUUUUUAUUGUUAAUAAGACACAGUAAUGUUAUUUUUAAUGCGAAUACGAACAGAAAAUAUUUAUUCUUUUGCAAUUCUUAACUGUCGGCAUGCGCUUUGGCAAAUCGUCUGAAUUCUUACUUUAAAAAUCUUGUGCAAGAAUGGAUGUUUGGUGAAUGGAAUGGCGGGAAGUAUUUUGAACCUGCAGAAUGGAUGAAGGGUAGGUGGAAUAUAUAAUAAGUUGAUGAAAUUGGGAAAGGAUGCUUGUUUGAAAUUUUGUAUGGAGAGUGAUUUGAUAGCUUCUAAGUAUGCAUUUCUGGUGUGUGGUGAGAAUAUGAAAGUUAUUGAUUUUGAUGAGAGAAUCGAUGGAAAGAUUUGGUGUUGCAGAAGGAAAGGAUCGAAUCCGCGCCAUAUUAAAAGGUCUGUGAGGAAAGUUCGUGGUUUGAUAAAACGUCAUUUGUAAGGUUUGAUAAAAAGUCAUUUGUAUUUGGGUGUAAUUUUAUGUAGGACUUAUGUGUGAUUAAACAGAAUGAGGCAUAAAAGUAUUUUUAAUGACUUGAAUCUUAAAACAAAAAUGGUGAUUGAUUGGAUGAAAUUUUGUAAAGGAGUGUGAGAGGAGGCUUGUUUAGCGUUUGAUGGAAAAAUUGCUGGAAUUGGAAAGGUUGUUGAAAUCGAUGAAACUAAGUUCGGAAGUACAGAUGUGUUGCUUGAGGUUAUUAAAAGAAUUCUUCUGGGUAGCGCAAUAAUUUCAGACUGUUGGUCAUCUUAUAACUGUCUCACUAAUGAGGAUUAUAAGCAUUUGACAGUCAACCAUACUCUGACGUUUAAAGACCCAGAAACUGGAGUACAUACGAAUUUAAUCGAGGGUACCUGGAGUGCAAUUAAAAGAUCUCUGCAAGGAACAAACCAUGUAGCCGGAGAAUUCGACGGUUACAUGGCAGAAUACAUAGGUGGUGGCAAAACAACAUCACUAUAACUGAAAAAGUUCUCAGAUUCCUCAGGGAAAUAUUCAGAACGUACCCUUCUGAGACGACUGAUUAAAUAAAUCAAGUAAGUAUAUUAAUUCAUUAAAUUUUUUUCUGAAAAAGAUCCGUUCCUAUAACGUCCUUCGUUCUUUCUUAUCUGUUGAUUAUGUAUUGUUCCUGUUAUGUGCAUACAGUCUUUAUGUUCAAUGUACUAGCGAAGCUACUAGGUUCGGGCUCAAGCUGCUAGCAAAGCCUUAGGAGAUUUUAUUAAGUUGAAAAAAUCUGCCUAGUGCCUUCUUCAGAUGCCGAAGGCACCUGCAUUAGAGCAUCAUCAAUUUAUAGUAUCUCAUGCUCUAAAUUUUUUUUGUCUGCACAACAGACCGGUACAGCCAGAGCCAGACUAAGGCAGGGGCAUUUGAGGCAGUUGUCCCGGGCCCCCACAUCAGAGGGGGCCCCCAAAUGGAGUAUAAAGUUUAUUUUACGUUUCCUUUUUCAAAGAACUUUUUUAAAAAAAUCGUCAAAAAAUCAAUAAAAUGGACAGAACGAUAUUUGGUCUGAUCAUUAGAGGGGGGGGGCUUUAUAGCUAUUUUAGGUUCUAGUCAAUUUUCUUGUUAUAUAUUUAUAAUGAGAUGAAAAAUUUAAAUACCGCCAUAAAGUUCGGUUCUUCAUUACUGAAGUAGGGAAGCGGGGGGGGGGGAUUAGGAUAUGUCGGGCCCUGGGCGCAUUGUAGAAGUUCUUUAUUUCGAAAUUAUUGAGAUAAGCAGCUAUAGUGAUCCCAAAGGGUAAAAAAAAAAAAAUAAAA